GGCGCACCCCAGUCUGCCAGGCCGCGGGGACCCAGGGCAGCCCUUGGUCAGAGGCCUUUGCGGAGCUUCCGGCUAGUGCUGACGGCCCGCCCCGGGUCUUGGGGCCCGAGAUGGAGAACUGAUGUGGAGGUCCAGGGCCGGGCCCCACCUGCCAGGGGGAUGUGGAACUUCCGUGGCCACCCCUGCGGGGGGCGGAGAAUCUGUGUCCCUGCUGAAUCCCCUGUUCUGAGGCUGGGAGGGAAGCAGCCAGACCUCCUUAUGGAGCUGUGCCUCCGGAACCAGCUCUAGAUGGUGCAAAUGGAGGGGCCCUCCCAUUUUGGUGGGUUCUUCGCAGCCCUGCAGCCCUGCUGCAGUAUGUAUGCCUUCCGCGCAGAGGGACAAGGGUGGGGACCUGAAGAACUCGGAGACUCACCUAUAGAUCCUGCCAGAAGGCCCUAGGAGCUACCAGAGCGCCUUCCCCCCACAACUAAUGUCACGGUUGAAGCUGUUACCCCCACACUGCCAUGAGUGAGGCCAGUGCCUACUGUGAAAUGGUCCGAUUAGCUUUCGCUCACUGUGGCACAGCACUGGCUGUUACCUGAGUUUGUGGUGUCGCCUGUGCAGGCGUCUGGUUUACGGCUGUGGUUCUGAUGGCUGGUGGGUCCUGGCCAGGCAUACCCAGAACUGUGGGUGGGAGGGAGACUGGCCGGACCUGGGCAGGAUCCGUCCCUGGUUCAGAGGAGGAGCUGCUGGCCCUGGAGAGCCCUCAGGUUCCCUGUUUACGCUUUUGGCGCUGGGUGGGUGAAGGUUUAAAAGAGCCACUGCUGAAGUCACCGAGCGCGCCUGGGGCUGUGGCCGCGAGGCUGUGGCCAGGGAGCGCCUGUGUGGGGGUUGAAGCUUCUGCUUCUGUGGGAAGGAUGUCUGGCCUCGCCACCCUGUUUAAGUACGUGGAUGAGAACCAGGAACGCUACAUCAAGAAGCUCGCAGAAUGGGUGGCCAUCCAGAGUGUGUCCGCGUGGCCGGAGAAGCGAGGCGAGAUCAAGAGGAUGAUGGAGGUGGCGGCUGGGGACAUCCGGCAGCUGGGCGGCUCGGUGGAGCUGGUGGACAUCGGGAAGCAGAAGGUACUUGACCCCGCCCAGGGGAGUCGGCCCUACCAGCUGCGUGUCGCUGGCGCACCGCAAAGCCUGGUGCCACGACAGAAGCCAGGCCCGGCGGGCAGCCUCUGCACCGAGGCCGCGGCACAGAGGAGGAAGGCCGCUGACCGCAGGUCCAGCUCUGCUGGAGAUUGCCUCCGACUGCAGCUGUGCUGCUGUGCAGGGAAGCUGUACGGGAGAGGAGCCACAGACGACAAGGGGCCCGUGGCCGGCUGGCUGAACGCCCUGGAAGCCUUCCAGAAGACAAACCAGGAGAUCCCGGUCAACAUCCGCUUCUGUCUGGAAGGCAUGGAGGAGUCUGGCUCCGAAGGCCUGGACGAGCUGAUCUUUGCCCAGAAGGACACGUUCUUCAGCGACGUGGACUACGUGUGCAUCUCCGACAACUACUGGCUGGGGAAGAAGAAGCCCUGCGUCACCUACGGCCUCAGGGGCAUCUGCUACUUCUUCAUCGAGGUAUCUGCCCGCCGGGCAGAGGCGCUGCCCUCCUCCCCAGCCUGCUCUCCCUGCCCGUCCACCGCAGCCAAGCUGCUGGGCUGGCCAGAACCUGCCGGGCAGCCUCGGGGCCCCGCCCGCCUGCAGACAGACCUCCUGAUGCAUCGGUGGCGCUACCCGUCGCUCUCCCUCCACGGGAUCGAGGGCGCCUUCUCGGGGUCGGGCGCCAAGACUGUGAUCCCCAGGAAGGUGAUCGGCAAGUUCUCCAUCCGCCUGGUGCCCAACAUGACCCCGGAAGUGGUCAGCGAGCAGGUCACGAGCUACUUGACUAAGAAGUUCGCCGAGCUCAACAGCCCCAAUAAGUUCAAGGUGUACAUGGGCCACGGCGGGAAGCCCUGGGUGUCCGACUUCAACCACCCCCACUACAUGGCGGGCAGAAGAGCCCUGAAAACAGUGUUUGGUGUGGAGCCGGACCUGACCAGGGAGGGCGGCAGCAUCCCCGUGACGCUGACCUUCCAGGAGGCCACCGGCAAGAACGUCAUGCUGCUGCCCGUGGGCUCGGCCGACGACGGCGCCCACUCCCAGAACGAGAAGCUCAACAGGCACAACUACAUAGAAGGCACCAAGAUGCUGGCCGCCUACCUGCACGAGGUGUCUCAGCUGAAGAACUGAGGGCCGCCCCCGGGGCACCGAGGAAUGGCACGCCCCGUCCUCCCGCGCCUGGACAGCGGCCCUCCGCCCUCGCCCUGCCCCGGCCGGGCACAGCCUUCCGGGAACGGGCAGCCGCCCGCCACCCCAGGAGUCACCUGGGCCCGGCGGUCAGCAGCGCCAGCCGGGUUUAACAGCCCGAUGCCACGAGCCCCGGAGGUGGUCAGUGGCUUGGUCCCCAGAAAAGAGCCACGGUCGCGGGGACAGGUUGUGCCGCCGUGGGCCGCGGGGCUCGGGUCCCUGGCCGGUGCUCUCCCGUCCGUGCCAGGCCUUAGCCCUGUUUCCUGGGUCCCUGCUGUGAUCGGCCCCCCACCCCGCCCUGGGGGUCUCUGUCCAGUCUGCUGCUAAAUAAAAGGAGGAAGUGAG